AUGGAGCAGGAUGAUCUAACUGCCUCUGUCUGGGACGACGUAGUUUCGCCCCAUUCGGAACCUGCGACGUAUGGAAACGUAGCAUCUUCUAGCUCUGGCCCGUUGGCCGCUGAAUUCAACGAUAUGUCAAUCCAGGACGAGCAGGAAAACGAAGACAAAGAAAGCAAUGAAGAUACUAAUCACGAGAAUUAUGAUCAUCAUCAAGAAGAACAAAAUCGUCCGUAUGACUACAACCACAACGAAGACUAUCACUACAAUACCAAUUCUUCUUUCAAUACAAACAGCAACACUUUCAACACAGGCAAAUUGAAGAAGGAAGAACGUAAAGAACAUACCCAUCAAUUACUUUCGGAAUUGACCCAAGGAGCCGAGGACAGCGAGCUUUUGCGUUCUGGAACCGUCUCACCAAAGGCAGUAACUCUGGCUGAGGCGCUUUUUAAUGACAAGGACAGUCCCAUAAAGAUGAACAAAGCAGCAUUGGCAGAGUCUGAAAAUCUCAAAUCUCCACGAGGUAAGAUCAAGCUCAAGACGAGUCUGUUCAAAACACCUCGUCCACGAAAAUUCAAUGCCAAAGUCAAUGUCAGCCACCUUCAGGGAACAGAAAAUAGUGAAAAGAACCCAUUGGGACCACUAGGUAGCGAAUCAGACGAUUCUAAGGGCGACAAGGCUUCGGUGAUAUCUAGUUCAAGGGCAGAAAUCCUCUUCAGAGAAGCAGAAGCGCCUUUGUAUGAGAUCCAGCACAAUCUGAAAACUUCCCCACAAAAGCCAGUCUCAGACGAACAAAAGAAUGGAGAAGACGCCAGAGACGAUUUGAAUCAAUUGGAGAUCACAGUUGGUGAUCCUAUGAAAGUUGGCGACAUUACUACAGCCCAUAUCGUUUAUGCCAUAAGGACCAAGAAUAAGAACCCCAAUGCAACCAGCUUCCCUGGUGCCACCGAUGAGUUUAUUACGGUAUCCAGAAGAUACAAGGACUUCAGGUGGAUAUACCACCAAUUGCAAAACAACCAUCCAGGGAGAAUCAUUCCACCUCCUCCUACUAAGCAGACGUACAUUGGCAGAUUCAACGAGAACUUCAUUGAAAACAGAAGACUAUCACUCGAAAAAAUGUUGAACAAAAUAAGCAACAUCUCUGUGUUGAGUAACGAUGCCGACUUCGUCAUGUUUUUGACUAGCGAAGACUUCAUCAAUGAGUCUCGUGAAAGAGAACGCUUAAGUGGUUCUGGAGCUUCUACACAAAACAACGACUUCUUGGACAAUGCCACUACUCUAGGAGACGAUGGGGCAGCUUCCACUGCCUCGUUGAGCAGUUCUGUCUCAACGCCGAUUAUCUCUGGUGGUGGAAGUGGAUUCAUGAGCUCGUUGUUUUCCAUUUCCACCAAGAUUAACGAGCCUGAUGAGUACUUCUCUCACAAGAGACAAUAUGUAGACGAACUUGAGUAUAAUUUAAAGCAGUUCUACAAUGCAAUCGAACUUGUGGGCACACAGAGAAUCGACAUGAUUGGUGUUCUAGACGAGAUUUCGUUGGCCAUCGACGAGUUGGCCAACUUGGAAAUCCUGAAGGUUACCACUGAGUUGUUGAGUGCAUUCAGCGAGGUCCAGCUUAAGAUCAAGGAAAACUUGGACAGAAUUAACUUGCAGGAUCAAUUGACAUUGGGGUUCACCAUUGAAGAGUACUUGAGAAUCAUCGGCUCUAUCAAGUUUGUCUUUGAGACCAGAUCCAAGAUUUAUCAGCAAUACUAUAACUUCAACCAGGAGUUGCUAAAGAAGCUGUCCCAGCUCGACAAGUUAACCAGAAAGUAUAAGGCACCAGUUGACAAGGUCAAUCUGCUCACAUUUGAAGUGGACAAGUUGAAACAAAAGACAAGUGCAUUUGAGAACAGUUUCAACAGCAUCAGUGAGACCAUCAAGGAAGAAAUGGAGAACUUUGAGUACGAGAAGAUCGAGGAUUUCCGCAACAGUGUCGAGAUCUUCAUCGAGAGCUCGAUCGAGUCGCAGAAGGAGGCCAUUGAGUUAUACGAGACUUUCUACGAGCGCCAGAAUUUGGCCAGUGUAUGA